CGAGACAAACUUUAUAACUUAAUUAAACAAAAAUCAACUGAAUUACAAAGUAAAUUAAAAAACUGUAAUAAAACUAACAAAAUGAUAAUUAAAAAUGAGUUGCCAGUUCAAACUGAAGGUUGGAAAAAUGUUACGCCUACAAUUGUUCAAGCAAUGGCUAUUCAACUUACUGAUACCGAAGCACAAUGCCAAAAUCUUGCUAAAAAGCUUCGUCUAUUACAAGAAAAUGUUGAAAGCUUACAAAAUAAAUUAGAAAAUAAUUUAAAUUCGUCUAGUGAAGAAUCUGAAAUGAGCGAUUCUGAUGAAUUAGAUUUUUUGAGCAUAUCAGAAAUUAUUAAUACACUUACUACAAAAGGAGAAUUAGGUGUAUAUCAAAAUGAAUCUCAAAAUAUGAAUUUUUCUCAAGCCGUUGCUGGUGCAGGAUUGGCUGCUAGAACAAAUAGAGAAGAAUUAAAAACAAUUUUAGCAUUUUGUAGAAUUACACGUCAAAGUGGUUAUAAGCAAUAUUUUAAUUAUCAGGAUAUAAUGCAUAAUAGUAUUAUUGAAACUGCUAAAAUGAGUGCUAAAACAGGUCUAAAUGCUGUAAUUGAAACUUAA